AAGAUCAGAUAGCAGAUAUACCAAGAAAGUGUGAGACUCUUGACUGCCCAUGACUCUAAAAUAAGCUUUGAGGGAUUCAGUUUUGAUUUGGACUGGCCCCACACAGGUCAUGUGAGCUCUACAGACAUUGAAUUGGGGAUAGCCGUGAUCAUGUUGUCAGGCUCUUUUGAGGUCAGAAUUAUGAUUUCAUUGCUUCACUAAAGUAACGUUCUAAUUUCUUGACUGUUUCUGAUCUAGAUAUCAAUCGGGCACUUCCUCUGGAGGACUUGACAGCAGGAGUGAUUGUAAUGCUCUGCUUAUUGAGUGGAGAAAGAGACUUGUUAAAAGGCAAAGACAAGAUGCUACUCUGUGACCGUUUACUUUUCUGCCUCGGGAGAAUAAAGUGGUUCUACCCGUAAAAGAAGAGAACAUUUGAAGGACGCCUGAGGACAAACAUGCAGUAGCUUGGCAGAAAAACAGGGAUUAAAAGUUGGAAAUCAACAUUUAUUGGAAAAGCUUGCACACAAGGAAACUACUAUUGCAUCACCUCUCAAUCCAGUGUGUGUUGGCCGGAGCUGUGCACUUACUGUAAGCCUGAUCAGUUUUGUAUGAGCUGGGCUGAUAGUGAGAACCUGGCUGAGCCCCACUGAGGCAUGAGUGUGGGAAGGGCCAAGCAUCACAGCUUCGUGUCCUCUGAAGAAGGGGGCUUGAGACUGAGUGCAAUGCCUGCAGUGGGCAGCUUCGGUAAUGGCAAGAUUCAAACGAGACGAAAGUACCACAGCCGCUUUGUCAGCAAGGCUGGCCAAUGCAACAUCCAUUUCUCAAACAUGGAUGAGAAGUCACAGCGGUACAUAUCGGAUAUUUUCACAACAUGUGUGGAUGUCCGCUGGCGAUACAUGUUCCUGCUCUUCAGCCUGGUGUUUGUGGUGUCCUGGCUGACAUUUGGCCUGGCAUACUGGGUCAUUGCACUUCUACACGGUGACAUGGACCAUCUUGAUGAAGACGACAGCUUUGUUCCUUGUGUCACGAUGGUUAAAACCUUCGUGGCUGCGUUCCUGUUUUCCAUUGAGACCCAGACGACCAUUGGGUAUGGAGCUCGCUGUGUGACAGAGGAAUGCCCGGCUGCUGUCUUCAUGGUGGUCUUUCAGUCCAUCAUGGGCUGCAUCAUAGAUGCUUUUAUGAUUGGUGCCAUCAUGGCUAAGAUGGCAAGGCCCAAAAAGCGUGCAGAGACACUACUGUUCAGCCACAACGCAGUCAUUGCCAUGCAUGAUGGGAAACUGUGCUUCAUGUUUAGGGUAGCUAAUCUGAGGAAGAGCCACAUUGUGGAAGCUCAUGUGCGAGCGCAGCUUGUCAAGCCCCGAUACACAGAGGAAGGAGAAUACAUUCCCCUGGAUCAACUUGACAUGAAUGUCGGCUAUGACGAUGGCACGGACCGCCUGUUUCUGGUGGCACCGCUCACUGUCAUACAUGAGAUCGAUGAAGAAAGUCCACUGUUUGGCAUCAGUAAGCAGGAUCUCGAAACACUAGACUUUGAGGUUGUAAUUAUACUUGAAGGCUUGGUGGAGGCCACAGCCAUGACAACACAGGCACGGAGCUCUUACCUGCCCUCGGAGAUCCUUUGGGGUCACCGCUAUGAGCCCGUCAUCUUUGAGGAGAAGAGCCAGUACAGGAUAGACUACGCCUACUUUCACAAAACAUACGAAGUACCAUCCACCCCCAGAUGCAGUGCCAAAGACCUGGAGGAGAGAAAAUUCCCAACAUCUGGUGCCAACUCUUUUUGCUAUGAGAAUGAGCUGGCCUUCAUCAGCAAGGAUGAGGAGGAGGAGGAGGAGGAGGAGGAGGAGGAGGAGGAGGAAGGAGAUGUGGAGGUAGAGGAAGAAAGGAAGAGUUCAUCGGAGCGAGUGAACGAGAAGGCCAAUCCAGGACGUGAUCAAAUGGCGUCACCUAAAGAGUCAGAGAUUUAAUCUUUGGUUGACUUUUUUCUUUGUUUAUUUGGAUGCAGAACAAUGCAAGUGUUGUGUAAAAAUCCCUAUGACUUUCGCUCUACUGACGUGAGGAAACAACAGAACUGAUCUGAAAAACUGAAACUGAUUUAGAUUUAUUUUAUGAUUAACAUUUUGUUCUUCCCCGAGAUGGUUAUGAAGCUUUAUUAAAGGCAAACAAGACUAUGACAAAGUGCAUGAGAAUAGUAUAGUUUUGUAUGAAUAUAUUUAAAUGUUUCAUAGGUUUGGCGGGACAAUCUGUAGGUGCUGUUCACAGUCCUCAAGUAUACCAUUUGCAACAGAUGUGUGGAGUUAGAUUAACACUUUGCAGAAAACUAAACAUUUGAGAAUAUUUCUCCAGAUUAAGUUCUAAAAAAUAGAGGCGUUGAUCAAGUUUUUUCUUAAUGUAAAAACCAUGUGAACAAUAUGACUCUAAAAAAUGUUCAUUAGACAAUGUCAAUGGAUGACUUGGUUAGUUGGCUUACAUACAACUGCUAUAUCAUGGACUGCAUUUAACUAAAGACGACACAUCACAAGGUAGAGUUUUAAACAUUUCCGUAUUUCUAACAGAAAGAGAGGACAGCCUGAUGGUGCAUCACAAGUCAAUAAUGAAGGCAAAUCUCUGUCUUCACAUUUCAGCCAGGGGGAAACAUUAAAACAUGAAUAGAUGUUUAACAGGUAAAUUAUAUCUCAACAGUUUAGCAGAAACAUUUAGGCUUGAUUGAAUGAGUGUUUGCUGAGCCGCACUCCCUUUGUUACGUGUUUUUACUCCAAAUGUUCUGUUCUCACAACAUACAAAGCAGUUUAAAAUAAUAAUUCAGGUAGAUUUUCAAUUCAACCUUGAAUUUAUUCAGCUGUAGACAAAUGCAGGCUCAUAAUUUUUAGCAGACAACCCCGACUGGCUAUUGCUAAUGUUAGCUUCAUGAGUUAGCUGCAAAUGUUGUCUCAAACUCAGUUUUUCAAUGUUUGUAAAAUACUUUUUUUUUAAAGGGCGUUUGCUAAGCCGCCUCCUUCUGUUAAUUGUUAUUAUGCCAAAUGUUCUGUUCUCACAUGGCAACAUGAAAUGCAGUUUACAAUAAUAAUUAAGGUAGAUCUUCACCUUGAACUUAGGCAGCUGUAAUUCAGGUUUAUAAUUUCUACCAGACAACCCUAACUGGCUAAAGCUAACGUUAGCUUCCGGAGUUAGUUGCAACGGUCCAGCUAAUUUGUAACUUAUGAACUAGACUUUUUGAAUGAGAAAACAGUCUUAUAUGUGCACCAGUGGCUGCUAUAUAUCCCACUGAAAAGCUAACAGGUCCCAGGCUAAACGUUAGCAUCCUCAUCAGUUGAUAAAUAAAGAAACAACGCUGUGCUUUUGUUGGAUUUUAGAGAAAGUAAGUCCAGGUUUUACAACUAUAAUGAGAAAGUAUAUUCUGUAUGAUCAGACUGUUAUUCCAUACUAACCCUGUCUAGCUUAACUUGUUUUGCUUACACUACAGAACAAUGUCAUUACUCAAACAUCUUUUUAAACGUUUUGGAUGAAAGUGUUAACGGUAAUUUGUAUCUCUGUUUAACUUUUUAACAGUCAUUAAAUGUUUUUACAAGAAAAAAGAGAAAUGCAGGAAACUAUGCUUUAUUAUUUUUAUUUAAAAAUAGCACUCCAUGGUAACUAAAGAGUAAAUUAUCCCAUAAUCCAUUCAAUACUACAUCAUUUGCUAGAUGUAAAAAAAAUGGACAUGAGGAAUCAGGGUAGUAGCCUACUGUCGGCAAUGCUUCAGCUCGGGCUACUUAAGAGCAGACCAUCUGUCUCAUAGUGAAAAAGAGGCAAGGUCAAAUAAAAAGGUGUGAACCUAACAAACUCCUCACAUAUUGGUAAAGAAAGACUUGGCACAUUAUGUUUGAGGGCCAUGCAUUACUUUGGUGGAGUUAUAACCUAAUGUAUGACAUCUGUGCUCAUUGUGUUCAAAAGUCAAAUGCAAAUAACACAGAUUGAAAGAAAAACAAUUAUACACAAAACAACGAUAAACGGUGCAGUUUGAAGAAGAGCAGACUAAAUGGCUGAGAAUACCCUUUCAAGUGCUUAAAUAUAGAUAUAAACACAUCAGAUUACUGCCUUUGACAUUAUUCAGAUGUUUAUAGGACAACAUUUUGCAGAAAUUCUACAAACACUUGUAAAAAAAAGUAACAUUUUAAUCAAAUCUAACGCUGCCUGUAAAACAUUAUGUCUUAACAGAUGUCUACCUAGAAAUCAGUGCAAACAAAUCCAACCAUAGCCUGAGAUAGGUAUAUUAUUAAAGUAUAUCAAUGUGAGAAACAGCAGGGGAUAGAUGUGUUUAAUCAUAAUCAUGCCUUUCAGCGUUCCAUUGUCACACCAACCUGCUCACGCAGUGGCAGAUCACACACAUGGCUAAAAAUACAUGAAUUUGCUGCUUGUCAUAUAACCAACCUCCAAUUAUAUUUGUAUUUCUUUCAUUAUAGGAUACAUAAUAAAGAUAUUACGUCAGACACUACUCCACUUGGUGAAAUAAAUGAGUAUUUCCUCCACAUUUCUCAAGCUUAUAAAGCUCCAUGUUGGUUAAUGUAUACACCUGACAGCCGAUUCAGAACAUUUUGACACAUUCACAUUUAUAUCUUGUUGCCUUGGGCUUGAAAUAUCUGAAUGGGCGUGCUGCUCCAGAAAACAAAUGUUUUUUCCAUUGCCAUUUGAACCAAGAGCGGGACUGUACAGUUAAAGGGAAGAACUCAAAUGUGUACAUUUGUCUUGCUGUUAUUGUAAAUAAAUUAUUAUUGUUUUUGGUUUGAUGUUGCUGGAAUAGACAUAAGUAACAACACAUUGUUUAAAAAGCUCUCUCUCUCUUCUGGAAAUACUUGCUUGAUGGACUGACUCAAUUAAAAAAACUCUUCCUGUCUUCCACUUAAUAGAUUUAAAGCAAUUUUGACUCUGGGUUGCACCUUGUUUUCUCCUUACAGGGUUUUAGU